AUGCAGCGACGAAGAGACAAGAAAAAGGAUUGCAAAUUGAAAAUGGAAGAUUCUUACCACGAAACUCAAGGCAUGUGCUACGAAGUUAAUGUUGAUGAUGUGAUCAUUGAGGAGAAUGCUCUUUAUGUCAAUAGAAGUCAUAAUGAGUGUGAUAAUUUGAUGGGAAAAGUAUUCAACAACGAGAAAGAAGCGUAUAAUUUCUAUAACGAGUAUGCUAUUAGAACGGGUUUUAGUGUUAGACGUUCUAAGUCGAGAUAUAGCGAGUGGAAAGUCUCACGCACUUCGCCAAAGAGAGUUUCGAUGUUCCAAAGCUCGAAUGCUCCAAGUCAUCUUGGUGGUUUAAAUUCAAAUCUUGAUUUCCAAAACUUGUUUCAUAAGUGCUUAAAAGGUUGUGAAUGCGAAGCCGAGUUUGAAGAAACUUAG